AUGGCACCUUUUGAAUUAACAGUGUCACAAGAUGGAGUUGGAAACUACAGAACGGUACAAGAAGCCAUUGAUGCAGUUCCACUCGGCAACACACGCCGAACGGUGAUAAGGAUAUCGCCGGGAAUCUACCGGCAGCCACUAUAUGUUCCAAAAACCAAGAACUUCAUCACUUUGGUAGGUUUGUUUCCUGAGGAUACUGUUCUGACAUGGAACAACACUGCCAAUAAAAUUGAUCACCACCAAGGUUCUAAGGUGAUAGGAACUGGAACAUUUGGUUGUGGAAGUAGCAUUGUGGAAGGGGAAGAUUUUAUUGCUGAGAAUAUUACUUUUGAGAAUUCUUCUCCUGAGGGUUCAGGGCAAGCAGUGGCAGUUAGAGUAACAGCAGAUCGAUGUGCAUUCUAUAAUUGUAGGUUCCUUGGAUGGCAGGACACAUUGUAUUUACAUUAUGGCAAACUUUAUCUGAGAGAUUGUUAUAUUGAAGGAAGUGUGGACUUUAUUUUUGGUAAUAGCACUGCACUCUUAGAGCAUUGUCAUAUCCAUUGCAAGUCUUCGGGGUUCAUAACUGCGCAAAGCAGGAAAUCUCCACAUGAAAAAACUGGUUUUGUAUUCCUGAGAUGUGUUAUCACGGGCAAUGGAGGAAGCUCAUAUGCAUAUCUUGGAAGGCCAUGGGGACCUUAUGGAAGAGUGGUAUUUGCAUUUACUUAUAUGGAUCAAUGUAUAAGAUCUGUUGGCUGGAAUAAUUGGGGAAGUGUUGAAAACGAAACAAGUGCUUGCUUCUAUGAAUACAGGUGUUUUGGACUGGGUUUUGUUCCUUCAAAAAGGGUGAAAUGGGCUAGAAUGUUAAAGAAUAAAGAAGUUGAACAAUUUCUCAUGCAUAGCUUCAUUGAUCCAGAACCACAAAAGCCUUGGCUAGCUCAAACAAUGGCCUUAAGGAUUCCAUAUUCUGCUUAG